GGAACAACAUACCGUGUGUGCUGUGUUCGCUGGAGGCGCGACUGUAAAUAUUUAAAAAUUGAAAAACAUAUUCAUAAACGGCCCAGGCCAAAACACUGCGAGAAAUUCCUGCAGCGAAGUGAUUUCGAAUGAGUGGUUUCAAAGUGAACGGUGUGACCCAAAGUCGUGUUUUGUGUCCAUACACACAAAAGAAAAUUUAUUAAAUAAAAUCAUAACAAAUGCAUUUCAUAUAUAAAAGUUUGAAAGUUGAAUAAAAUAAUAAAGUUGAAAGUGCGAAGCGCGGAAAAAAAGAAACACUGCAACAUUUCGUGGUCGUUUAGAGCGAGUUGAUUCCGUUUUUGUUUGUGUUUGCCUUCCGGAGCACGCGUGUGUCUGCGUUACCUUGGACAAGAAUAAACCAUCCAAACAUCCUGCAGCAUCCGCGCAUCCAAACAUCCGAGCGCCCAGGCAUCCAUCUACUUGGCCAUUGUGGUUGUUCUUGGCUCUCCUCCGCGGCGCAGCCCCUCGUUCAUCCUUAUUCCGAAUCCUUGGCGCAGCAGAUUCUAGUUGGUGGCCUACUCUGAAGAAAAUGUCUUUAUAGAGAUGGCCAAACUUUCACGACGUGCCUCGUCGUCUGCAGCAACGCCCUCCACAGCAAGAACAGCAUCUACUGCAACAACUGGCUCCACAUCACUCAAUCCAAGUCAUGCCACGCAGCAAGCAGAGGAGCAGCAGGAUCAUAAGGAACAGCAACGGCUCACACGUCGUGCCGCCAGCAACAGCAAUAGAGUCCAGGCAGCGGCUCUCAUUGACACGAGUCCUGAUGUCCUGCAUGAGAAUCCACCGCCAUCACCGACACCGGCGGCGCUUACGAACAGCAGCAGCAGCAGUAACAGCAGCUACAACAGCAACACUGCCACGCCCACAGCACCCGCCCAUGCCCAUGUUACGGCCACGCCCUAUAUGCCGCUACUGCCGCCGGGCGAGCGGAAUCUGACGGAGGCGGAAAACGCAGCGGAGCGGGCCAGGAUACGGGAGGAGUUCUUUGCCACGUACGACGUGAUGACGGGCGUUAGGAUCGCCGCCACUUUGGGCGGCUUCUUUGGUCUGAUGGUGUUCUUAAUCGUUUGGAAGAGUCGCAGCAGCAGCAACGAGACGAUGAAGGUGCUCAAGGAUCCCAAAAUGGCUGCCGUAGCGGCGGUGUGCAUGCAGGAGGAGGAGGAGCGCGAAAUCCACGACGCCAUCGUGGCCACGGGCAUGUCCAUUUAUCCGGAUGAGUACGAUGCAAUGGUCUACCGUCGGCAGCGGAUGCUCUCACUGGGCAAUGUGAGUGCUCCGCCGCUGCUGAACCGUGGAUACCGAUGUGGUUCGAUGGGUGGCGUUGGUGUGGGCGUUCCAGUGGGCUAUAGCUACCUUCUGGAGCCACCGCGUCGCUUCUCCUAUUCCUCAAUGUCCGGCGCAGGAGGUCAUGUGGGACGUCGCAAGAGUGGGUCGGAGUCGUCGCGCAUCUUCAGCAACUAUCCAAUGGGCGGCAGCUUUGGCACGGACGACUAUUUCGUGGAGACGGAGGACGAACUGGAUGCGGAAGAGUACAUGCAGUCAGGUGCCGCGGAUGAACCAGAUCACCAGCACCAGAGAACGGAUUCUACGCGCAGCAAGCCGGGAUUUCUGCCCGUACCGAUGGCGGGUCAGGACUCGCGGCGGAGCAGUGCCAUGACCUGCUGCAGUACCGAUAGCUCCUACCUGGAGCGGCGCACGUCUGCCUACAUGGGCGGUUGCAUGGGCAACCUGCCGCCCACGCUGCAACGGAAGCUGUCGACUGCUUCGCGUACAUCGAGCAUUGAGAACUGGGACUACUACUACCCAGACAUUCAGGUGAUUCAGCCGACGCCCAAGGCCUCGCCAUGUCCCUCGGAGCGCAGUGUCCACGAAGGAUCAGGAUCGGGUUCUGCGAAUGGAUCGCGGACAUCCAAUCUCAGUGCAUCCAAUGUCAAGCGGAAGCACAGCAUCGUGUCCUAUGAUCCUCACAGUGCUCAGGCGGGCCGGAAGCAGCAGAUCCACUCGAUCAGCGCGGACACUGUGGACGUGUAUCCGUACAACCAGGAGAGCUCCGUGGACCUGGCCUUGGCUCUGCCACUUCCCAAGCCCGUGCAGUCUGCCCCGCCCACCAGUGCUCACCAGGCGUUCCACUUCUGCGACUCGCCAUCCGAGGAGCUGCGUCUGGGUGUCCGGCGGAAGCUCACGCUGGUGGAGCUGCAGCGCAACGAGAGCAACAACAACAGCUUUCCGUACACGGCCAAUGCAGCGGUUCCGGCCGGAGCGGUGGUCACCGCAGCUAGCUCCAGUAGUAUCAGCGUGGACAGCACUCCAGUAAGUCUGGAGCGUUUAAAUGGUGCGGGGAGCUGCGGAAGCGCCAGCCUGGCCACCAUCUCCGUGUCCAACAAACUGCCGCCGCUGGGGAAUAACAAUCCGGAGAAGCGAGCGCCGCUGGCCUCACUAAGUUCCUUCAAGAUCUCCUCGCUGGAGUGUCCUGACUCCGAGCUGCGCUCUCUGGACGAGGACUCGGUCUUUGGGCUGGAGAGUCCGGCGGACACGGAUGAUGACAUGCAGCAGCUCAGCAGCGACAGCGAGGAGCAGGAGGCAGCAGCACAGGCUGCCCAAGCACAGGCCGCCUCAAUCCGGGUAAGUGGGGAGACCAAGCCCAAUCCCGUGCUGCAUGCCGUGCCAGUAAAACGAAUGAGCCUGAGCGCGGUGCCCUCUGCGGGAUUGACGAGCGCUGCCUUGACUAGUGGUGGUGGAGGAGCACGGCCCCGGAGACCACUGCUCCAGCGACAUCGCACCAUCAGCGUGACUUCCAGCGACCGAGUGGCUCUCAUCAAUCAGCCUCUGCAACAGUUCCACAUGGGCUUGCCCAUCCAGUCGGAGGCGCCUCCGCUGGAAACCCACUUUGGAGCAGUGGUGAGCCAGAGUCCCCCCCGACGGGGACCUCUGCUGCAGCAGUACAGCGAUCCGCAGACGACGACGACGACUACAACGACCACCACCACGGAGGAGGACACCUGCUCCACCCUGAAUACAGAGCUGGGGUUGGUGGAGGCGUCUGGAGUAACUCUCGGCGGUGCGGAGUCUGCCACACACACCCAGUACAGCAGUCUCAACACGGUAAUCAGCAUGGGUCGGUCCACGCCCAGUCCCGUUCCCGUUUCUGUUCCUGGUCUAACCACCCGGAUGGACAAUAAUGCCGCCACUCAAGUCACACAGCAGCCAGCUCAACUGCCAACGAACGCCAUCCGGCUGGUGCACGAUCCCUGCCCCUCGUCCGUGUCCGACUCGGUGAUAGCCACCCGGCAGCAGAGCAUCUGUGUGCCCGCCUCCCUCAAGGAUCUGAUCCUGCGCAAGGGAUCGGGACCGGGUCCCGCUACUGUUCCCACCAGCGGUAUCAGUCGGAGUGCCGCCAAUCUGAGCUGCGAAGCUGGAGUCACUGCAUUGACCACAACGACUGCAACGCCCGCCGUCAUGCUAGAGCUUCCCCUGAUCCGGCUGCCUAACGAGGACAACGAGGAGCAGCAGGAGCAUCGGGCCCAUUUGAUACGGGACGACGGUGGCUUGGUCGGCGAAAAGCGCGAUCCCAGCCUGCCCGGCACUUCCAGAAAAUGGUCCAAGGAGACACUCUUCUAGCCCAGCUGGUUUCCACUGCUCCAACAAAGGCAGUUCCCUGGGCCGGGCCACUAAUUAAGAGCUUAGCAACUGACUUUGUACGUAUGGUGAUGGGAGCUACGGUGAAAACCUCCCUAAGAAGGUCAUGGAAUCAUUCCUUCUUUAAGUACUUCGAAAGAGUUUAAAAAAUGUUAGUUUCUAUAAAAAAAAGGUUUUUUAAAUGGAAACCGAGUAUUUAAAAUAUCCUUUUUCAGGGAAGUUUUCACUGUAACUCAGGUUGUCGCCUGGUCUGGCAACCAACUUCCUGGGUUGCUCGAGAUCCGGAACCCGGAACUAUGAAACGCGAGUAUUGAUGAGUAUUUAGGUAUAGUUAAGGAGGAUUAGAUUAAGCGCAUUUAGUCAAAAUAUAAGAUAGUUCGGUCUGGCACACGGAGUCACAGUACAGUAGUACAUGCCUACUAAUCAUGCAUAGACCGAUCGGGAGGAGGAAGUGGGUAAUGAACAACAACGUAUUCGUACUUAGAGACUGUUGUCUAUUAUUGUUAAUAGAACUCUAAAAGUUAAGUAGUGAUACUCGGAUUUAUUUUUCACACUUUAUCUGUAAAACAAAAGUGCAGGCGUACGAAUAUAUAUAUUUGUAUGCGGCGCCAUACUGAAGAGAAAGUUUAUACAUAUAUUUCUAUAGAUAUAUCACCAGUCGCCACCAUAUAUCGGUCUUUCUAUCUCUAUCUAUAGCUCUCCCUCUUACGGAAUGAAAACUCUUCUAGUGUCUUAACCAGCAGCCAAAUACUUAAAGUAUUGUAAUUUAGAAAUUUUAUAGAGAGCACCGCAACUUCGCAUCGAAUCCUUGCAACAAAAGUACUCUGACAGAAGACCUUAAGGACCUCGAGGGGUCCGCCCGAAGAUGCCUAAAUGACCUUAACGCGUAGCUAGACAAAAGGUGCCGACUUUCCAGUAACAUUUUCGCAUUUCCCCACUUGCUUGUUUGAAAACGAAUUGUUGUUGGAUAUAUAAUAGAGUUGUUGUCAGAAUAUAAAGUUAGAAAGCGAAUAUAGAAAAAUGACGAACAUGUAUGUAAACAAUUUCCUAACUCAUCCCACCUACGCAUCUCUAUUUUUCUAUAAAAAGCUAAAGCCAAGGGAAGGGAAAUAAUGAAUCAAAUAACUCGGAUUACUCAAAUCAAAAUACAUAAUUAGUGGUCGAAAGGCGAAAUAAUAUGAUAGAGCUGCAUUUUGAAGUGCCCCAGCCCCCAGAGACUUUCUCACACGCCUGAGCCUCAGCCUGAGCCUGAUUUGUACCUAUCCUAUGCAUAAGUAUAUAUUUAUAUACACCACACAUGUAUAAAUCGAGCCCUAUUUGAAUAUUUUUUAAUACUAGUAAGUAUUUUGUACGACGAGAUCAACUCGAAAGGCGCCUAGGAAAUGGAAAUGGUAUAUCAAAAGGAAAAUCCCCGAAACACAAACAUUUAAUUGUUGGUUAUAUGCUGAAGAACGUAAGCGUAAAUGAAAAUUCGUAAAUGAAAAUAUUGUAAUUGUAGCGUUGAUUUGUUUCAAAUGAGCAAACAUAUACAUAUAACUAAUAACGUAGAUAAAUAUACAUACCUAUAUUUAAUGAAACCAAUGAGCAAACCUAACUUGUGUAAGUCAAAGAGUAGCGGAACCAAUUGUUAAACCUAAGCAUAAUAAAUCUGUAAUAAAACUGAGCUGUUGUAUUAAAUGAACAAUAACAAUGUUGAAGACAAAGUUUGGAUAUCGGUGCCAAUGCGUAGGCCAUUCAAUUUGUGAACUUCGAAAGUACUUAGUGUUUUUACUAGAAAAGACUUCUUUCCAUUUUCCGCGAAUGUUUCGUUGCGAUAUUUUCUUUUAUACUUUUGUACUAACGCCCCCCUUUCCAUAGUCCGACCUAAUUUCCAUAAUGUUAAUGAACUCGAUCGAUGUCUAUAUGUACCUCUAGCUAAACUCAAAGCAUAAUUGAUCAAAUUGGUAAAUGAAAGCAAUUCGAAAUUAAAACGAAUAUGUGUACUACUAACGCGCAAAUAAAAGAAUUAUUAAUGCAAGUUUACUUUAAAGAACGGAUUAAAAUUUUUAAAAGUAUGAGCAAUUAAAGAACAAACUUAGUUAAAUGUUAUAUAUGAAAAACCAAGAAAUUGAUGUACAUGUUAGCGAUAUUAAUGAGAAAUGUGACAAGUGAAAAAUAAACCAGAAGAAAAUACAUAUACACAAGUUGCCAAGA